GGUAAGAGGGGAGAGUAAACAGAGAGGGGGGAGGCGAGAGCUGUGCUGUGAUCUGCUGGGAAGGGGGAACCCAGGACUGAGGAGUUGUUAUUCCGGGGGAAGGUUACAUCAUAUACACAGGGCACCAAUCUUAUACUUACCUCCUGUGCUGUGCGUACAGAGCUGUGUAUACUGUGCUGUGUGUCCUGCACAGAGGACUGACUGUCUCUCUUCAACAUCUGAUCUGAGAAGCCGGACACUGCUGACCCUCCAUUGUGCCACAGGUGAAAUAAAUCGCUGUGGUGCCUAACCAUGAAGUUCGCCAGGUUCUUGCUGAAGAACGCGGCUCUGGCCAAUGCGCCGAAACAGAUCGAGAGGUUCAGCCGCUACUCUCCAUCUCCCCUGUCCAUGAAGCAGUUCAUUGACUUCGGAUCUGCCAAUGGAUGUGAGAAGACCUCUUUUGUUUUCCUGCGGCAGGAGUUACCUGUGAGGCUGGCCAAUAUCAUGCGUGAGAUCUACAUCCUCCCAGACCCCCUGCUGGGGACCCCGUCCGUUCAGCUUGUGCAGAGCUGGUACAUCCAGAGUUUGAUGGAACUAAUAGAAUUUGUGGAAAAGUGCCCAGAUGACCAGAGGGUUCUGUCUGAUUUUACAGAGACUUUAGUCCACAUCCGGAACCGGCACAACAACGUCGUCCCCACAAUGGCCCAGGGGGUUAUCGAAUACAAAGAAGCCUUCGGGGUGGAUCCCGUGACCAAUCAGAACGUCCAGUACUUCCUAGACCGUUUCUACAUGAGCCGAAUCUCCAUCAGGAUGUUAAUUAACCAACACACUCUUCUGUUUGACGGCGGAACCAACCCUGCCCACCCAAAACACAUCGGAAGCAUCGACCCCAACUGCGAAGUAGUGGAAGUCGUGCAUGAUGCCUUCGAGAAUGCCAAAAUGCUCUGUGAGCAGUAUUAUCUGGCUUCACCUGAUCUAGAAAUAAAACAGGCAAAUGCAAAAUCCCCUGAACAGCCUAUACAUAUGGUGUACGUUCCGUCUCACCUCUACCACAUGCUAUUUGAGCUUUUUAAGAACGCCAUGCGAGCCACCGUGGAGAGCCAUGAAAACAGUCUGCACCUCCCACCUGUUAAAGUCAAUAUUGUUCUAGGAAAUGAAGACCUGACGAUUAAGAUCUCUGACAAUGGAGGAGGAGUACCUUUAAGAAAAAUAGAGCGUCUUUUUAGCUAUAUGUAUUCCACAGCCCCAAUGCCCAUGAUGGACAACGCUCGUAACGCACCACUGGCGGGCUUCGGAUAUGGUUUGCCCAUCUCUCGACUGUAUGCCAAAUAUUUCCAAGGUGAUUUAAUGCUACAUUCGAUGGAAGGUUUUGGAACAGAUGCUGUCAUUUACUUAAAGGCAUUGUCCUCCGAAUCCAUCGAGCGGUUACCGGUUUUCAACAAGUCUGCCUGGAAGCACUACAAAUUCUGCACAGAAGCGGACGACUGGUGUAUUCCCAGCAGCGAACCAAAGAACCUCGCCAUUUAGCUGAAGUGCGCGGAGCUGAAGAAAGGGAUCAAGCACUUAAAUUGCACAGGACCACUACCUGCGGGUGUCAGAGAAGACAGAGGAAAACUGUACUGUGCUGGAGCUGGCCAGGGAUGCAAUAAGGAGAGACAGUACAUUGUCACAAGAGGAUGAAAACAUUUAACAUAGUUGUUGUGUAUUUUAUUCCCAUUUCUGGUACCUCAUUGUCCAGAAGUCAGAAUAGUAGCAGUGCGUACCGCUGUGCUUUCAUAUUCUCAAAGAAAACCACCUUUUUAAGAAAAAAAAAAAAGCAGCAAAGAAUCAAGAGGACGGUUUGUGCCAUGAGAUUUGACCGCAUCCAUUUUAAUUGUCCGCUUCGGAAACCUUUGGACAAACCACAGACCUUUGAAUACCCUAGCCCUUCUUGAACUGAUAGUCAUUCCCCUUCCUGUCUUCCCUCAACUGUCAAUAAUUGUAUAUGCCAGCCUAUGUAAGAGCUGGAAGGAGAGUUAUUCAGUAUUGCCAAAAUGAAUAUAGGGUUCUCGGGAAGUUUUUUUGUUUUUGUAUGUAGGGCUGCAGUUGGGUCACCACUGUGCGGUCAUAGAACGAUGUGGAAUAUGAAGAUAAAAAAAAAAAGCAGGGAGCAGUGUAAAAAAAAAA